UCCUCAACAGAUUCGCAGCCAUUCAAGAAAAAGAAAAAGAAAAACCAUGAAAGCUGCCUUCAGGGUUUUGCAGCUGAUGAUUUCUAUCAUAGCAACUCUGACAGUUUUUUCAGUUAAUGGACAGAUCACUACACCGUGCACAACCUCAAUGAUCACUAGCUUCACACCGUGUCUGAAUUUCAUCACGGGAAGCACCGCCAACGGGGUAGGGACGCCAUCUCAGAGCUGCUGCAGUUCCUUGAAGUCACUCAUGAGCUCCAGCAUGGACUGUGCUUGUCUUAUAAUUACAGCAAAUGUUCCUAUCCCCAUUAACCCAAUCCUAGCACUUAAUCUAACCCAAGUAUGUAACGUUGCUGGUGCAGGGCAGUGCAAAGCUACUGGCACUCCUCUUCCUGCUCCAGGUCCUGUUCCUUUAUUUCGGGGGCCAGCUCUCCCACCUCGAGUUGCCUCUCCUUUACGUCCUCCACCUUUAAGCCCUCGAGCUUCCAAAGAUGCAACAGCAGCAGCAACUCCAGCACUAAAAUCUGCAACUCCCCUGGAUUUGUCACCUGCCUCUCCACCAGCUGAAGCAGAAGCACCCAAAACCAGUCCAGGGGUCAGGCCGGUGCUGACACCGUCUGCAUCCGAUUCAUCCUCACUUGCGCCUGCAACAGUGCUUUUUAUAUUAAUCGGAUUCAUGUUGUUCAAAUCAUGCUGAGGACUUGCAAAGACUAUCUAAUCAUCUUAGAUGUUUGGUUGGACCUUAAUAAGAACGAAAAUGAUUAAAAUAUGAAAUGAGAGACUUUUCCUUUUGUAUCCAAAAUUAAUUAAAUCAUAAUAGUGUUU